AUGUUCAUACCCGGUUUGCUCCCUAUUGCACUCGUCAGCGCAAGCAAAAUCACGGUGGAUGUGCGGGGAACUUUUCUAUGUGAUAAUGAUGAUCAACAUGAUGUGCAUGUCGAACUUUGGGAACGCGACAUGAUAACAGGAGACGACCUGCUUGGAGAGAUCAAUGUGGCACCUUUCGACUUUUUCCGGCUUAAAGGAGCGGAAAAGGAAUGGCUUCAUAUCGAUCCGUACCUCGUCAUCAAGCAUAAAUGCAAUGGAGUAUGUUUCUGUACAUUUAUUGUUAACUAG